AUGAUCAGGCACAAGGUUGAUCCGGUCCUGCAAAAGAGAAUUCGUUUUGUGAUUAAAGCAUGGCAAAAGCUCCUAUCUCCCAAUUUCACCGCAAAUUCUGUGAUCCCGCUCAAAUGUGCUGAUUUGGCUGCGUCGACAACUGCAUCUCCUCGUACCGUGUCCAAGCCUCAGCAUUCCAACGGCACUCCUAUCAAGUCAGCUUUAUCAGACAAACCAAACAGUGCACAUACUGUUCCAGCAUCCGUCGACUCGCCGCGUACGUCGGAAUCUCGUGGACUAAAACGAAGCUACCUUUCCGCCUCCAAUUUAACAACUCUUCCCCCCAAGGCUCGUGAUUCUAAUAAUGACAACACUUAUCCGUCCGAUUCUCCCCUCACGAAUCAGCAGGCGGCAACACCAAACAAGCGAUUACGAUAUCAACAACAGCCUGUCGCAUCGCCUCAGGUCAAACCCGCAACAACAACACCCAUGCAAGUCGAGUCACAAUCCUCUCCUAAGCCUCCGAUGGUUAAUGGAGGCCGUCACAUUGAUACCCACUCGGACUGGAUGCCGAUCUCUAAGCCCUCCACUCCCGUUUUGACUAAAUCUAACACGAUUGUGGGUUCUCUGCGUUCAUCAAGUACCAACAGUCCGCAACUCCCGUCUCGGGAUGGCCGCACCACUCAGGCAGCCCGUCUGGCAAAGGUCAAAUCCACUGCGGAAUUGGUCCAAGCGGCUGGCGAUUGUAUAGACUCGGCCACAGCAGACCGGAUUCUCACCAAUCGAAUUAACAAGGAAGCCGACCCGCCUCGACCAUCGAUAGUAUCCCAGCUUACACGAACACGACAACCUCGCAACGCAUCUGGUUCGGCUCAGGGUGCCCAAAACGAAACCCCGAAGUCCCGAUCCAACACCCCACGUUUGGCUCGAUCAAGUAGUUUACGUGCAGAUACACCGGCGAGGUCCACACCUUUAGGUUCGGAUUGUCGUUCCGAGCUUGUGAACCACACAAACAGACCUUCGGAUAGAGCCACACCACCUGUUUCGGCUCUACUGGGUACUAAUAGACUAACGGCCGACACGAGCGCUUCACCAGGACUGGGUCAUUCAGUAGAUCACAAAGCCGAGACCAUCAAACGACCCGCUCUCAGUGAAUCCGAGCCUGGCGUAGCCGACACGGAUUCUGACUCACAACGCUCUAGGCACAAAAAGCACAAAAAACAUCACAAACAUCGCCACAAGCACCACAAUGACGGUACAGACUCUGGUCGACCACACAAACACGGACGAAGCCCAGCAAAGAUCGUGCUACCCCCAAUCACAAAUCACAUGGACGAUUGGCCUCAACUACCCCCUCUUCCUACGGAGAUUGACUGGUACAGUUUGGAUCGCCCGAUCGAAGGACCUACAGUCAGUUCAAGUGGUACAACAGAUGCAGUGACUCGAUUGUUAUAUGAACCCUGGCCCGAAGUCAAUCGUACCGUUGACGAUCAAGGUUUGCUGCACUUGCCCACUGAAUUAUACUCAUUGUCACUCGAUGACCAGUAUUUGCAUAUACUUCCCUGGGUUGAUAUUUUUGGUCAUAGACGUCAGUUUUUCCCAUCCGAAGACGAUCUAGAACAGCUCACAGUGUUACCAGACCCAUGGUAA